AUUGCCACAAUUCAAACUCCACUAUUUCUAUGCUUCCUUUCCAUCUGCGUUCACCCUUUUUCUCUUCCCCUCCGCCCUCCGUUUCUUUCUCCGACGUGUGCAAAAACUUAUUACCUUUCCAUUUUCAGUGAUGACAACAAACCACAAACAAGAAUUUGAAGAAGACGAUGAAACCAGGAGUACUGACGAUUUCAGAAUCAACGGCGUUACAGAUGCACGUCAUGACAAGGUAGAGCCCACCACUGAGUCCACGUUAUCAGCAAAGGAGGUUGCUCCGAAGGAAGAGCCUGACACAGAGGAGAGAUCAUCUCUGCCUCUUUGUGUGAUGCCUGUGGCAGUCCAUGUGCCGGCUGCUCCACCCAAGAAACCUUCUGGGAAAGACCGACACACCAAAGUCGAGGGUCGGGGCAGAAGAAUCCGAAUGCCUGCAACCUGUGCGGCUAGGAUUUUCCAGCUGACCAGGGAGCUGGGCCAUAAAUCCGAUGGAGAGACCAUUAGGUGGCUACUUGAGCACGCGGAGCCAGCAAUUGUAGCCGCCACCGGAACCGGAACUGUUCCUGCUAUUGCCAUGUCAGUAAAUGGGACACUCAAAAUCCCCACCACCUCUAAUGCAAACUCCGAACCCAGUGAUCCUUUCGCUAAAAAAAAGCGUAAACGACCGGCCAAUAGCGAAUAUAUCGACAUAAGCGACGCUGCCGUUUCAAUCUCCGCGCCUCUUGCCCCUAUAACAACAUCACCACCACCGCAACCAGUAGCUGCAAUAGCAACAGUAGUUCCUCAGGGUUUUGUUCCUAUGUGGGCUAUACCAUCUAACGCCAUCGUUCCUGGCGCGUUCUUCAUGGUACCGCCCUUGGCGACAUCCAUCGUGGGACCUUCAAAUCAGCCCCAGAUAUUCGCAUUCCCAGCUGCGGCCACGCCUCUAAUCAACAUAUCAGCGAGGCCAAUAUCGUCUUUUGCAUCAUACAUGCAACGAGCUGCAGUAGCUACGCCCGCUUCCAGUUCUCAUAUUUCUGGGACAAAGCCCGCGAAAGCUACGUCAGUUAUGGCGUCAAGUUCAAGUUCUGCUCCCGCUAGUAGUACAACAAGUACCACCCAAAUGCUUAGAGACUUUUCCUUGGAGGUUUACGAUAAAGAGGAGCUCCAGUUCAUGACUCGAUCUUCAAAGCAAUGACAACAUUGAUUGUUUCGAGUUCAUUUGAGCUCGAGAAAUUGCCCGGCCUGAGGGGGAGGGAAAGCACGUGCUUGCUGGACAUGGGGGGUCAAUGGUGUGCACGUGCAAAGUGGGCCAGGAUUAGGCGGGAGUGUGGGGUUCACCACUUGUGGUGGGUCAACAUAACCUAAAAUGCAAAGGGUAAGACUUGGCUCCGUGGACCGUGCAGCACAAAAAGAGCAGCGUUUUUUAAAGUGGGGCCAUGUGAUGGGGCGCGGGACCCUAAGAGAUGGGCCCUACGGGACCGUUAUGACAUCGUUUCCAAGGCGGCCGCUUUGUGGUCCCUAUAGGUUGGUUCGGUGGUCCGAUAAGAGCAGUGGGGAAAGUAAGAGUGGGUCUAGAGAUGGGGAGACGUGGUCACGUGGCCUAUGUUAUCUGUAAAUGUGGGUCAUCACUUUAUAUCUGACACGUAGGUUUUUUCAUUUUUUUUUUAACGAGGGCCUACUGGCGGUUUUUUUUUGUUUUUUUUUUUCAAAA